CCCGCUGCAGCCCGAGAGAAAAAAAAAAAAAAGGAGAAAGGGAACCCAGCCAGCCUUUGAGAAACUAGUGAGAAAGCUUGGAGAUUUCUUCUUCCUUCUUGCUCUAGAACACACCUAGAACCCAGAAAUCUUCCCUCCCCUGCUGGAAAAGCCGGAUCUGCCUUGCUCUGCUUCUUCACCGCCGGCUGCUCUUGCCUUGUGGGGGCGAAUUGGCUUGGUUUUUUUGCUUGCCGCCGGCCUCUUCCCCCCUGCAGCUCCGGUUCCUUGCUUGUAAAUUCUGGUUUCCGAUCGUUCUGUCAGUUAGUGCGUGAAUUGAAUGCUCGGUUUAUGCGAGUGAGGAAGUGAAACCGAGGACGGGGAAACCACGGGAAGUGACGAGUUAGAAGGCUAGCCACUUGUAAAUUGAACAUAGAUUUAGAUAUAAAUCAUGAUCUUAUAAGCUAGAGUGUAUUUGGAGAUUUUAUUGGAGAUUUAUGAUCGGAGAAAUCUUAUAAUUUGAUCUUCAGAUUUUGGUGGUAUCAGAGUGUGAUAUGAUAAGUUCCGAGCCUUGUGCACUUGUGGGACCCGUCUCACGAGUGUACGGCGUCUGCCACGUCCCCGGAUUUGGGUUAUGGGGCGUGACAAUAAUAUUAUAUGACUUGAUUCAAUUGUGUCUUCUACCCUUUAUGUGUACAGGUCUAAGGUGUUAGGACCCAAGUUUGUAGCUUUAAUUUAAUACUUACUGGGCUUUUAGCUCAUAAUAUCCCCCCCCCAUUUUAGGGGUGCUUGUUACUAGGUGGAUUUUUGUCAAAUAUGAAAAAAAAAGGGGUGAUAUGGAUCUACCUUUGACUUUAAUUAAAUGAUAUGUUAAUGUAAACAAUGUUGUGGGCCUUGAAUUAGCUCUGAACUGUAAUUUGUUACAGAAAUUCAAAUACAAAAUUUAAACUAGGUUACUUAUAAGUGGAUAAGUGUAGUCCAAAUAUAACAAAAUUUUGAACUUAAUUCUAUUUCAAAUAGCAUGAUCUAUCAUUUCCCACACAGAUAGACCCAUUUGAGAAAUAAAUUCCUGAGAUUUAAAGAAGCUUUUUCUAUUUCCUUCAGAAAUGUGAUGCUACUGUCUGCUAUCUACUGCUUCCUUCGUCUCCUUGCAUUUUUUAUGGAACUAUUUUUGUAGCCUGAAAAUUGACUGCAAAUUUGGUAGAGGAAGAAAAAUAGCAGCUGAGAAAAGGGUGGUUUUCUAUUUCCAGGUAAGAAAGUGCAUUUGCUGAU